AUGGUGCUGUUUCAGCGGCCAAACUGUAGGCAAAGUCCAGACGCGAAGACAGCUGGUACAGCAGUUAUAAACUGCUACACCAACCAUCCUCACCUUGCUGGCCUGCAAAAAUGCUUCUUCACGCCUCUCUUAAAGGACCUCAGGAAGUGGGGAACACGCGUCGGCAAAGCGGGCAACAAAUCUGGCAAACACAAAUGGGUGCCGCUAGACAUUGACGUGAAGGCGACGAGGCCCGGCAAGCAUGCGCCGUCGCACAACCAGAGGCAGGACCACGACACCGUGUCCCUGAACGGCGAGGACCGGCGCGCAGGCCCCCAGUCAGGCGCGGACCGGGGCUCCGGGCGGGGCCGGGGCGCGGGCCGGGGCGCGCGCGGGAUCCGACGCAGGCCCGCGCCGCCCCUGCACCUGCCCUACCAUGAUUACCAUCACGACCUGCCGCAGGUUCGCGUAGGCCAAGGCCUAGUAUCCGGCGUAGUAGGCAGCGUGGGGGGCGUAGUAGUCCAGUACCCGCUGGGAGCGCCCUUAGCGCCGCCAUUAGCUCAAGCCUUCUACUACGGGGCGGCUGCCGCUAACGCUACGCCCUACGGCCUGGGGCUAGACCAUACCACGCUGAAGGAAUUGAUCAAGAAGCAAAUCGAAUACUACUUCAGUCCUGACAACUUAGCACGCGAUUUCUUCCUCCGCCGCAAGAUGGCGGCCGACGGAACCAUUCCUGUCACUCUGAUCGCGUCAUUCCACCGCGUGAGAGCUUUGACUGCGGACGUGCAGUUAGUGCUGGACGCCAUAAGGGACUCGGAUAAACUGCAGCUGAUUGCUGGAUUCAAGGUGCGAACAGCGUUCGAGCCCACAAAAUGGCCCAUUCUCGACAUCACAGCAGGCGGGCCGAAUCCAGAAUCCGAGGAAACUACACAAAACCAGAAAUCACCGGAAGACAUCAAACCCAAAGAGGAAUCCGAAGCCAAAAACCCAUCGGGCAACGAAAAGACCACUACCACUUCUGACGGCGAAACCAGUUCCGAGCCGAACAAAACUAGUUCGGACUCCAAUAAGACUAGUUCGGACACGAAUAAAACUAGUGCGGUCCCGAACAAGACUAGUUCGGACUUGAAUGAAACUAUUCCGGAGGUCAGUGCGUCCGCAAUUGAUGCGGUACCGGUGCCGGUAGCAGUCAAAGAGUUGAAUGUCAGAACGGAAGGGGCGAAGAAAGAAGCACCCAGAAUAGAACCGGAGACCAUUGUGGAGGUUUCGGCGUUGGAGGAAGUCAGAGUGGUGAAUAAUGCGCCUGAGGUGAAGUUCGAUGAUAGCCCAGAAAAGAAGGAAGCAGAAGCGCAGCAGGAGCAGGAGAAGAAGGCGGCAGACGCCAACGAGGAUCCGCCGCUGCAGUCCGAAGCUGGGGAAGAAAAGCCCGGGGAGAAACGGCGUAAGAAACAAAUGGUGGGUAUAUUCCCAUUGGCCACGAUGGGCGGGCCUCUGGUGGCCCCAGUGUCCAGUUUACUGAGAGCCGUGCCGCCCCCGCCCUUACCAAGAAUGUUUCGCACCGGCCGCCUCGGGCCGAGUCCCCACGACCAUCUAAACCCCGAUGUGCCCGAAUUCGUCCCGCUCGCCAGACGAUUGGAAGAACCUGGCAGUGAGAAGGCAGAUCAGGAAGAUCGCCGCAGUUCCGGCACCGGCAGCCCCCAGACGGAGACGAUCGACGUUUGGACCGAGGUGAAACGUCGCAACAAAGCCGGCUCCCGGGAACGGACCGCGCCCGCGCCGCCGGCCGACGACAACGAACCACGCGAGGAGUUACACUUCCAGCUCGAUGAGGAGUUGGAGCUGCCUCCACCCAGGCAGAACACCUUCACUGAUGCACUUUCUGACGAGGAAUCGGACGCCGAGUUCACGGACCGCGAUAUCGGACGUCUUUUAAUCGUGACUCAGACCGCGACGCGGGCCCCCAAGCAUGACCCUCACGACCGCCAGGGGGACUGGAGCACCAGGACUAAGAUCACACAGGAUUUGGAGCAGGUGAUCACUGAUGGCCUGAGACGAUAUGAAGAGGACCUAUGGAAUGACACAGAAUAUACUUCGUCGUACGGCAGUCAAUCCCAGUACCGCACCGUGUCCCUGAUAACCCGGGAGCAGUUCGAAGCUACCCAACCCCCUGGACGGCACCAGAACCCUUCGGAGCCGCCCCCGCCACCGCCGCCCACCCAUCCCGCUUCACACCAUCACCAAGCAGCGCAGCGGAACAAGAUGGAACAAUCCGAUGCCGGUGGAAAAGCGAAACGGCCUCGUCGUACAGCUCGUUUCUACGCCGCCAGCAAGGAUCCUCACGCUACUGAUGUCAUUGUGAGCCGUAAACACAAGACUCGGUACAGCUUGAACCCGCCCGUGGAACACCACGUCGGAUGGAUUAUGGACGCGCGCGAGCAUCGACCCCGGACCCACAGCACCGGGUCGUCCCUAGGCACGUCCCCCACGUUGGGGUCCUCGUGCGGAUCCGUGCCUCAAGCCCUGCCAGCGUUCCAUCACCCUUCGCACGGGUUACUACGCGAGAACCACUUCACGCAGCAGGCUUAUCACAAAUACCACUCCAGAUGUCUCAAAGAACGCACGAAGCUGGGCAUCGGCCAGUCGCAGGAGAUGAACACGCUGUUCAGAUUCUGGUCAUUCUUCCUGCGGGACCACUUCAACAGGACCAUGUACAACGAAUUCAGGACGCUAGCGAACGAGGACGCGGUGGGCGGGUUCCGCUACGGGCUGGAAUGCCUGUUCCGCUUCUACUCGUACGGACUCGAGCGGAAGUUCCGUCCGGAACUGUACCAGCACUUCCAGCUGGAGACCAUAGCCGACUACGAGAGGGGUCAACUCUACGGAUUGGAGAAGUUCUGGGCUUUCUUGAAAUACUACAAACACGCCACCGCGCUACAAGUGGAGCCCAAACUAGAAGGAUACCUGUCCAAAUUCCACAGCAUUGAAGAUUUCAGGGUGCUAGAGCCCCAGUUGAACGAGCUGCUGGCGGCGCAGGGCCCGCGGGCCCCGGGGCGCGGGCCCCACGCGCGGCCCUACCUGCGGCCCCGCUCCGUCUCCGAGUCCGAUCGACUGCUCACCGCACCGAGGCAAAGUAGACCGGUGGCACCUUCAGGCGCGGGCCCUGGCGCAGGAACAGCGGGGUCUGGUCCCGGGACGAGUCGGGACAAUAACCGCGGCCGCGCCGGCUCCUGCGGCGCUCAGAGUGUAGUAGCCACGGCGACGCCCAGACCUAAGAAAACAAAACCAGAAGCCGCACCACCAGCCGAACUGAAGAAUCAACAAGUUGCUGCCAAAACGCAAUAA